GGGGCUUGUGUAUUGCGUUUAUGCGGCGUCAGGUCCUCGCUUGCUUGUACUCACCGGUUCCAGGGCUCCUCGUGAGAGGCGCGUGCAAAUCCCUUAAUGCGCGCAGCACUCGAGGUGUUAAUUAGAAUUGAAUUAGCGGCUCGCCUGCAGACUCCGACCGGCCCGCCAUUCACGAAAAGCUCGGCUUGGCGGCACAGCGGUCAGGGAGCGUCCCUAAAAACCUCACCGCAGACAUCAGCGUACGGAGGCGAACGGUGCGCUCCCCAAAAUAACAAAAGAAUGUCGUUUACGUGGAUAACGUGCUGUCAGUGCAGCCGGCGGAUGGAAACAACGGGGGGCCCUGAUAACAAGCAACGGAUCCCUUCAACUACAACUCGGCGUGUCAUUUCCUCGACAGCCUCUUCUUUGUUGUGAAUGGGGCGAGGACGCGCCAGUUUGGCUUUUUCUACAUUUUCCUAAUGUAAAUAUCUUUUCAGAUUCCUGCAGUCUUAUGUCACCAUACCGGUGACUUCUCCGCAGACCGAGUGCGACAAAAGGAGCCCUCUCUCUCUCUCUAGGUGACGCUUGCAAACAUUUUGUCGACGCCCCCUGUCUUCCGGGGCCGCGCAGCGCGAAGGGAGGGCGGACUCGCGCACGCGUGCGGGCGGACUCGCUCACGAGCUCCAGUGUGAAGCCGCCUUCUGUCUGCGCCUUUGACACUUGAAAGUUUGUCCGCCGCUCGCGUCCUCCUCACUCAGCCAUUCGAAGCGAGCCGUCGGGCUGGGAGCGUGGUUAGGUGCACUGAGAGCAGCACGGGAGGGAUGAGCACAUCGCGAACCUUCGGGUAACGGCGACCCCCCCCACAGCAUUAAAGUUCCCGCUGGAGCUAGCGGGAUGGAGUAGGCUGGAGCGCUUGGCCAGCGCGUGCUCAACUCAACCGUAGGACAGGAGCGAAGCGGAGAAAAGAUGACCGAAGACGCCGUGCCGGACGCUUCUCUGCAGGCGCCUAAAGAUGUGGAGCGGCAGCUUCGACUGCGACUCUGUGUCUUGAACGAGAUUCUCAAAACGGAGAGAGACUACGUGGAGAACCUGCUCUUCCUACAGUCGGCUUUCCUCUGCCGGAUUCGCCAGACCCCCGCUGACCAGCAGUGCCUGUCGGAGGACAAUGUUAAGAUUCUCUUUUCUAACAUUGAGGACAUCCUGGAAGUUCACAAGGAGGUGCUGUCGGUGCUUAACUGUAGUCUGCAGCCCGAGCCAAACGCCAACCAUUCCUUGGGCUAUGUGUUCCUAAAGUUUAAAGAACGAUUUUGUGUUUAUGAGGAAUAUUGCAGCAAUCAUGAGAAAGCACUGAGGCUGCUGAUGGAGUUGAAUAAGAUCCCAAAUGUCAGAACUUUUCUACUGCACUGCAUGCUGCUCGGGGGGAAGAAGACCACUGACGUUCCUUUGGAGGGCUAUCUGCUAUCCCCAAUCCAGAGAAUCUGCAAAUACCCUCUUCUACUUAAGGAGCUUCUAAAAAGAACCCCCAGGAAUCACCCUGACCACUCGGCAGUAGAAGAAGCACUGCAGGCCAUGAAAAUGGUCUGCUCCAAUAUCAACGAGACCAAGAGGCGCAUGGAGAAGCUCGAGGCUCUGGAACAACUGCAGUCGCACAUAGAGGGUUGGGAGGGUACAAACCUGACAGAUAUUUGUACAGAGCUGCUGCUACAUGGUACCCUGCUGAAGAUUUCCGCUGGCAACAUUCAAGAGCGAGUCUUCUUCCUGUUUGACAAUCUGCUGGUUUACUGCAAACGGAAGUCGAGAGUUGCAGGAAAGAAAUCCACCAAGAGGACAAAAUCUAUAAAUGGGCCGCUGUACGUCUUCCGAGGGAGGAUCAACACAGAGGUGAUGGAGGUGGAAAAUGUGGAGGAUGGCACAGCGGAUUACCACAGUAACGGGUACACGGUGACCAACGGAUGGAAGAUCCACAAUACGGCUAAGAGCAAGUGGUUUGUGUGCAUGGCCAAAAACCCCGAAGAGAAGCAAAAGUGGCUGGACACGAUCUUAAAGGAGCGGGAGCAGCGAGAGAGUCUGAAGCUGGGAAUGGAGCGUGAUGCUUAUAUGAUGAUUGCCACAAAAGGAGAGAAACUUUACCACCUGCUGAUGAGCAAAAGCCGUCACCUCAUCAAGGAUCGGCGCCGGAAACUGAGCGUCGUCUCCAAGUGCUUCUUUGGCAAUGAAUUUGUAUCUUGGUUGAUUGAGAUGGGCGAGAUCAGCAAACCAGAUGAAGGAGUCAAUUUAGGACAAGCCUUGCUGGAGAACGGGAUCAUCCACCAUGUGUCGGAUAAGCACCAGUUCAAAAACGAGCAAGUGCUCUAUCGGUUCCGCUAUGACGAUGGCACGUACAAAGCAAGGCGUGAGAUGGAAGACAUCAUGUCAAAGGGUGUGCGGCUCUACUGUCGACUUCACAGCCUGUUCACGCCAAUAAUAAAGGACCGCGACUACCAUCUUAAGGCUUUUAAAUCUGUCCUUCCAGCCAGCAAGUUGGUGGACUGGCUCAUAGCUCAGGGUGACUGCUCCAAUAGGGAUGACGCUGUCACACUUGGCGUGGGGCUCUGCAACAAUGGAUUCAUGCACCACGUCCUGGAAAAAAGCGAAUUCAAGGAUGAAUGGCAGUUUUUCCGUUUUUAUGCCGAUGAAGAAAUGGAAGGCAGCGGAAGCAAAGGCAAACAACUGCGCAGUGACUUCCGGCUCAUUGAGAACAUCCUGGCCAAGUCUCUGCUGAUCCAUCCCCUGGAAGAAGGCUAUGGCUUUGAGAUCGAGGAGAGAAACAAAGCCAUUGUGGUGAAGAGCGUCUACAAAGGUUCUCAUGCUGAGAUGGCUGGGCUUGUUGCUGGCAGGAAGAUUUAUGCCAUCAAUGAAGAUCUGGUGUUUUUGAGGCCUUUCCAAGAAGUGGAGACCAUGAUCAAUCAGUCCUUCUGCAUCCGCCGGUCACUGAGGAUGUUGGUGUCGAUCAAAGGAAAAGAAAUUGUCAAAAUCCCCGACCACCCAGAAAUGAUGUCCGUCAAGAUACGUGGAACUUCUCCUCCUUACAUUCACAGCAUAAGAAAAGGAUCAGCGGUGAUUUCUGCAGGCCUUCAGCCAGGCCAGUGUGUCCUGAAAGUGAACGGCAACAGCGUGAGCGGCGAGAGUGCCACCGAGGUCCUGGAUCACUUUACUGCUCACCGUUCAAGUCAAGAUGAACCCAAGCCUGCCUUGAACCAGUGGGUGUACCGGACCUUUGAAGACGCAGAGGAGGAGCAAACCUUGGGUCCCAGCGAGGCCUCUGUCAUGGAAGAGGACGACAGCAUUCAGCCAGGGGCAGGGGAGUUACCAUUGAUUACUCUGACAGUGGACAAUGUCCAUUUGGAGCAUGGAGUCCUGUACGAGUACUUCAACACAGCUGGCAUCAAGACUCACGUUCUGGAAAAAAUUUUGGAGCCAAAAGGCUGCUUUAGCCUGGCAGCCAAGAUCUUAGAAUCGUUUGCGGUUGACGAUGAGCACUUUGUGAACACCUGCCGACUCCUCAUUGGCAGCAGUGGUGCGCUGGUCUCCAUGCCUCAGUAUGAGUUCCACAGCAUCUGUGAUACCAAACUGGAAGACAUCGGCAGGCGUAUCAUCAGCUACCAACAGUUUGCUCAGGAGCUGAAGAGCAAAGCCUGGCCAACCUUCAAGUCGGCUACAACAAAGAGUCAGCCACUGAGUAGUCUCGAUUUCUGCCCCACCAACUGCCACGUCAGUGUCAUGCAGGUGUCCCACCCAAAAACCUCUACCUCAGCGGGACGCGCCUUCAGCAUCCGGUUUGGACGCAAAAAUUCAUUCUUUGGAUUAGACCCCGAUCAGGCUAAUCUGAACCCGAUGUCCCACACACAGCACUGUAUCACCACCAUGGCGGCCCCCACAUGGAAGUGCCAGCUACCAGACAGUGACGAUCCAGAGUGUCUGAUGGGUCAGGAUGAAGGAGGGCUCAGUUUCCUACUCAAGCAGCAGGACCUGGAGACUCAGGAGGCCUUCUUGCAGCUCUUUACCAAGAUGGACUUCGCCGUCAAAGAGAUGAAGCAAUAUGUCGCCCAAAUUGAUGUCCUCCUCUCAUCGAUCACUGAGCCUACCCAGUCGGAAGAGUGUGAACCCCCAUCUUCAGAAGAAGCUCCUACCUCUGCUUUGGUGAGUGAAGAAGGAGACCUGGACAAGGCCGAGCAGGGCGGGAGCAAGCGGGUCUGCUUCAAAGUGUCCGAGGACGACCAGGAGGAUUCUGGACAUGACACCAUGAGCUACAGGGAUUCGUACAGUGAAUGCAACAGCAAUCGGGACUCUGUGCUCUCAUACACCAGUGUGCGCAGUAACAGCUCCUACCUUGGCAGUGACGAAAUGGGAUCAGAUAAUGAAUUGCCGUGUGACAUGCGGAUUUCCUCUGACAAACAGGACAAACUGCAUGGCUGUCUGGAGCACCUCUUUAAUCAGGUUGAGUCCAUCAACUCUCUCCUCAGAGGCCCGGUUCUUACCAAGGCGUUUGAAGAAACCAAGCACUUCUCAACAGAGAACAGCACACAAGAGCUUCGACACACAGAUGACUGGACAACAAAAUGCCGUUCCAUCAUACACAAGAACAUUCAGGAGGACCCGUGGAAUCUUCCCAGCUCAAUCAAAACACUGGUGGAGAACCUUCAGAGUCUGGUGGAUAAUGGAAAGAAUCAGCUGCUUCUGGCGCUGCUGAAGUGCACGGAUACCAACCUGCAGCUGCGCAGGGAUGCCAUUUUCUGUCAGUGUCUGGUGGGCUCCAUGUGUGCCUUGUCGGAGCAGCUGCUGGCAGCCCUCAACCUUCGCUACAACAAUGGCGGUGAAUACGAUGAAGAGAGCAAGGAAGUCAGCAGGAAGUGGCUCGAGCAAAUCGCUACCAUCGGCGUCCUGCUCAAUUUUCAGUCCAUGUUGUCCCCGCACGUGAAAGAAGAACGCAUCAUGCUUGAAGACAUGAAGGUUGCGCUGUUGGACUUGAGUAAAGUUAGUAUCUGCUUUCGUCAGCUUGAAGACGAGUGGCGGGUUGCCAACACCUCAAUCUGUUAUCAAGUCGAAGGGGGACGACAGGCUUUGAAGAUCAUCUUUUACCUGGACAGUUGCCACUUUGCUGAGCUGCCCACCAAGUUUCAGAACGGGGGCACUCUGAGGCUGCACACUGUGCUCUUCACCAGGGCUAUGGAGAAACAAGAAGCUUCUCCAGACGUUGCUGCCUCAGAGGAGUUUCAACAGCAGAUCAACGCGGCCUCCAUGGAAAGGCUGACAUCUUACUAUCGCAAGCUCAGGGGCUUUUACUUGGAGAGAUCAAAAUUAGCCACAGACUACAACACCACCGUUGUCAAAGUUGAUCAGCUGCUGCGCCCCCUUAAUGCCAUGGAGGAAUUGUUCAACCUGAUGCAGUCAUACGUCGGUGUGAGGCAGGCCUCAACAGGAAAUACGAGUAGCCAGCCCCCUGGGAUCAGCCUGCUGCCCAUCUCCUCGGAGUUCUGUAACCGGCUGGGAGCGUGUCACAUGUCCUUGUGUGCAACGGGGAUGCAGAGGUGCAGCCUCAGCGUGUCUCUGGAGCAAACUAUGAUACUGGCGCGAAGUCACGGGCUGCAACCCCGCUGCAUCAUGCAGUCCACCGACAUUAUGAGGAAACAGGGUGCCAGAGUGGAAAUAACAGCCAAGAACUUGAAGGUGAUGGACCAGCUGCCUCCCAAUGCCCCCCGGCUCUUUCGUUUAUGCCUGCCCCCCGUGGAUGGAGAUUUGUGAAGGGGGCUACGGUGGACUUAGUAGUGAUAAGGAGAGGCGUCUUGGGGGGGCAGAUCGAGGCGCACACGUCCUCUUCUGCUGCGGCGGCACUGAAGACGAGCUCAGCCCGGCCUGCAUCCGCCGCUGUGAUGCGCCAUUGGGCGGGUGCCCAGAAGGCCUGGCCUUGGCCCGAAACACUUAGUAAUCCCCACUGGUGUCUGCAAAAUGCUUGACAUAUUUAUUUGGACUUUUAUUUAAUUUUUAUUUUAGUGUUUUAUACUAGGAAGUAUUCUUAAACAACAUUCCAUUUAAAAAAAAAAAAGAAAACACUGGAUAAAAGAAACGGGAAGAGAAAGACGGGACGGGAUGAGCUCUCAGGUGGAUCUUGAGAGUUGAAGUUCACACCGAGACGUCACUGACAUUUCGUUUCUGCGCAAACCCUAACUGCUUGUCUGGUUUUGUUUAACAAGUUUGGACUGACGGCAGGGGUUCCUUAACUUUAGUGUUCUGCUGUCAAUGGACGAUGUUCUCACCAUUGGCACACCAGGGAGGAGAAGGGCACAAGUGCCCACUGUUUUCCAUGUUUGUCACUUGUGCCCCCCUUUUGGGCCUCGUGCCCAUUUUUUUUUUCUUCCCAUCCUGUUGGCCUCACUCUUUCAGUUCAUUCGAGUUUCGGUUGGUGACGGCCCCCGUUCUCACUGUUUUAGAUGUCAAAGUGAAGCGAGUUUGGAGAAGAGAGGACAGAACGGUGUGAGUGGAUGGCAUGCCAUCGUGCUUCAGUUUCCUCCCAUUCGAACCCUCACGUGCCUUAGCAGGAUUUUAGCCGAGCACCAAGUGCCUCCUGCCAGCUGCCUUCUCUGCAGGACAUUUCAUUUCAAAGGGGUAUGGAGGUUCUGGGAGCUGUGAUGUUUGCUACUGUACCCUGCUGUUCACUUUUGCACGUCUUUAGCUUCAAGCCGAGUCUCAUCAUCUCGUUUUGGGGUGGUGAUGCAUUGUGUUGAUCCCUCAAGAGCUCUGCGCUGUGGGUCACACGUGGUGGCGCCAUGUGGAUCACUCGGGACUGAGUGGGCCGGCUGUACGCAUCAUCACUCUGGGGACCUCGAGAUGCUGCGUUCGACAUCCUCAUGGCCGUACUGUAUAAGGGUAUCUCUUCAGAAGUGACAACUCGGGGGACACGUCCGCCAAUUCGACGCUUAAGGGCAUUUCAGGACUUGCGUUUUACUUUUGUAAGGCCGCCUCCUUUUGCACAAGCACUGUGACUAACGGACUUUGUGUUGGAAACUUCAAAAUUCAGCGUGGCUCGCGUGGAGGCAGAGUCGGGAUUUUAGUUUUCUGGUUGCAGUAUUUCAUCACUAAAUACGUUUGUAUAUUUUUUUUUCAUCAGUUGUAACCUUUUAUGUGCAUUCCUAAAUUUUAUUAUGUUCUAACAUUGACUUUUUAUUAUUGUUAUUAUUAUUUUAAUAUAAGACAUAUGAGGCAUUUCUUUGUCUAGUGGGUGCUGGCAGCCAUCGACACGACUGUCCGGCAGAGCACUUCUGACAAAGCCAGAAACGGGGCGGACGCGGGGGCUUCAGUGUCUUGUCUUGUUGUUGUAAAUAAGGUCGCCGCCCGUGUCGCUAGGCUUUGAUUUGCCCACUGAUGCUGUACAGAAAGUUUCUAUGUUUUCAAAACUUGUAACGUGUUAAGUUAACUUGGUUUGCUGGCUAAUAAAAAAAUUUAUUUAGAGA